AUGCCUCCUAAGCGAAUCCGUUGCACCGCCGCUACUUGCCGCGAGCCUGCCCAGCGCAUCGUCGGCGACUGUACCUUUUGCCAAGGUCACUUCUGUGGCAAGCACCGUCUACUAGAAGACCACAAGUGUACUGGUCUUGAGGAUUGUAAAAAGCAGUCCUACGAGCGUAACGCUGUACAACUCGAGUCGGAGCGAACCCAGGUUAUCCGGGGCGUAUGUGUCACGGACUGGAGACUGGCGUCACUCCUCACGUACACGAUGCGCGACUCUGACGGCCACGACGUAACGAUGGGAUUGGGUUUCGACACAGUAUCUGCAUGA